GAGGCGCUUGUGGCCCCUGACAUAGACCGCGUGCUGUCCCUUGCCAUCGAGCAGUCAAAGCGUGACGUCGACAGCACGUGCACCGUCCUCGGCAUCUCACCAGACCCGCUGCAGUGGAGCGCAGACGACGUACAGUCGUGGGUGAUGUUCACGUUGCAACACUUCCGCCUGGCCCCUGUACCUGCAGAAUACUUCGCUAUGGAUGGCACUGCGCUCGUCGCACUCACUGAAGAAGAAUUCAAUCGCAGAGCGCCACAAGCUGGGAGCACACUGUACGCACAACUGGAGAUCUGGAAGGCAGCGAGACACGAGAGCUGGAGACCAGCGCCAUGGUCAGAACAAGAACGAACAUCGCCGAAACCCGUCCCAGCUGGUCUGCCCUCGGCUGACGAUAUGAGUGAUGAUGAAGACUCAGAGUCAGUGAGCGUGAGUACACCGGGUGCAGGGUCGGGGAGCGCAGGGGGCAAGGCGAAAUCGGGCAGCACGCACAUUCAUCUCUGGCAGUUCCUUAAGGAGCUACUAGCCUCGCCGCAAGUGCACGGCUCAGCGAUACGAUGGUUGGAUCGAAGUAACGGGGUCUUUAAAAUUGAAGAUUCAGUCCGUGUCGCGAGACUGUGGGGCAAGCGAAAGAACAGGCCGGCGAUGAACUACGAUAAACUGUCGAGAAGCAUACGACAGUAUUACAAGAAAGGAAUCAUGAAGAAAACCGAGAGGAGUCAAAGGCUCGUCUAUCAGUUUUGUCAUCCGUACUGCCUGUAACUAUUUACAGUGUUGUUUAGAUUUAAGUUUAAUUGUAAAUAUUUAUUGUAAAUAAGUGAAUGCGAGAGCCGCGGUAAUGCGGACGGUACGAGGGCUGGUUGCGAUUUGCGAAGUUAACGCAAAACGUGGCAUAGCCUUAGAGUUAGUCGAUCGGCCGCCGAAGCCCAGUAAGGGCAGUACGCCUGGGGACGUUCGCGCGGACCGAUUGUUGCCCCUCCAUACAAUUCGGGAAAGGUAAUUUUCUCUGGAAUUCUAUUGGACGGGGUAAUUCGAUUGUCUUAGUUUUAAGUUCUUUUUACCGGCGAUUAGAUGACGAUUGUCGAUUUUUUAAACGAUUGUAAGUUUAAUUACAAUUGCGAUUGUCUAUCGAAAGCUGGUAAUGUUUAUCCCAUAUAUCUAUGAUAUAUUUCUAGUACGUUCUAUGAACAUGUAGUUAAGUGUAGUCGUAAAUACUUUGAAACGAUUUGUUGAAUAAUUCAAGACUCGUUUGUUAGUAUUUACUUUAGAUUUAAUUUUAUUUGUAAUUAUUUAAAGUAGAUUUAAAUCUUCGUAUAUAUGAACGUAUUGUCGACAUUUCGUUGAUGUGCUGAUGUGUGAAAGAUAACUGUAUGAACUGUGAUUUACGAUUAGUUUUAAUGUUUACUGAUAUUAUUAUUAUUAAGAGUGAUAUUGUUCACAAAUAAGGGACACUUGCAAUGUACGUGUAGUUUUUCUAUGACUUUCAUCGGUCAAUGAUUCUCGAAUCGGCUGCUAAAAAUUUUGUGCCAAAUAGACAUUGAGAAAUUCAAAUUUAUUGGGGACAAAAUUUUGCUAAGAGUAAUAAAAGACCGAUGUAAUUAUGUAAAUUGUAAAUAAAAAAUACUCUAUGUUUAAAACAAAAAUGUGGUGUUGGCUUAAUUGGGUUUUAGACUAAGUUAGUUUAAGUAUCGACGCAGUUAGCGUUUGUAGCAAUAAAGUUAAUUAUUGGACCAAACUAAUGUAGAGUAUAUGAAUCUAUGUAACACCAUAAUGAUAUUAAAUGGCCAUUUAAAGGAAA